AUGUCCCUCCCCGGGGUUGAACCUCAGGGAGGCGGGGAAUCUUCGUCCCCACGCGGUUCGCAUUCGAAUCAGCAUCAAUUCACCCCGACAGCUACCCUUCCACCCAAUUCCAGGCGAUCGAGUGAAGAAAUUACUCAGGAAGAACUUGAUCGUAAACCGUGGAAAUACAUCGCUUUGCAGGAUAAUAUUGCGUGUCUUGAAGGGGAACUCGAGGACAUUGAUCGCUUCUAUAGCAGACAGGAGGUUCCGGAUGAGAACAACGGAUCAUUCAGACAUGAUACGCGCCAAGAACGAGUCAAAUGUCUAUGGAAAAUUAAAGAUGCGUUGGAAAAGUAUAGUGUGCAAUACCCGUCAAUUAUUUAUUUGCGCUUGAAGAGCAAACGUUGA